AUGAGAGACUUGGUCGUUCUAGGAGGCUCUUCUCAUCCCAGUCUUACCCGGACGAUCUGUCGUAAUUUGACGAUUGAACAAGGAGAAGUAUCCUCUCGAAAAUUUUCCAAUGGAGAAACCUCAUUAGAGAUCCAGGACUCUGUGCGAGAGAAGGACGUUUUCAUUGUCCAAUCCGGCUGUGGCGAUGUCAAUGACAACUUUAUCGAGUUGUUGAUCAUGAUAGCAGCCUGUAAGACAGCCAGUGCUAAACGGGUAACUGCUGUGUUACCAUUAUUCCCAUAUUCAAGACAGCCAGAUCUGCCCCACGCAGCUGGGUUGACUGGUGCCCCAUCAAUUUCGACUAAGAAAGAGCAGUACACCUACGAAAGUGUUCCUGGAACACCCGGACCUUUUGUAUCAAAAAAUAGCGACACAUUUACGAGUGAUAGCGACAGCCAUACACCUCCACCAACGUUAAAUUUAGGCGGAAAGUCGGUUUUCUCGGGCUUGAAGCCACAAGUAGAACGUACUCAAUCGUAUUCAAGCAAGUUCUUUACACCAAAGUCAAUUGUCACCAAUUCGGCAUCAACAAACUUGCCUCCUGUAGAUGCUUACGGCAAGACUGAGUCCGGCUACAAACAAUGGAUAGCCCAGAACGGUACUUUAAUUGCCAAUUUGCUUGUAACGGCUGGUGCUGACCGUUUGAUCACUAUGGAUUUGCAUGAUCCCCAGUUCCAGGGAUUUUUCAACAUCCCCGUGGACAACUUGUAUUCGCGUCCUUUGCUCAAACACUACAUUCUUGACUAUAUUCCUAACUACCAAGAAUGUGUGAUUGUAUCACCGGACUCUGGAGGUGCCAAAAGAGCCACUGCCGUAGCUGAUGCAAUAGGAUGUUCGUUUGCGCUUAUCCACAAGGAACGUAGAGCUAAAGUAGCCAAGAAUCCGCCUUCCACAGCCGCUUCUUCUAGCUCGGUGCCUAUGUCAGCCUCCAACACCAUACUCUCUUCGUCCAACACCAUGGUGGCCACGACAAUGUUGGUGGGAGACGUAAGGGACAAGGUGUGUGUUCUUAUCGACGAUUUAGUCGACACCUCGUAUACGAUUACUCGUGCAGCCAAGCUCUUGAAGGACCAGGGGGCCAAGUACGUAUAUGCUUUGGUAACUCAUGGUGUCUUUAGCGGAGAUGCCAUAAACCGGGUCAACAAGUCGGCCAUCGAUAAAGUGAUCACCACCAACUCGGUACCGCAGCUGGAGCGCAUGAAGGUGUUAGGCAGUGACAAGUUUGAGGUGUUGGAUGUGUCGAGGAUUCUUGCUGAGUCUAUCCGUAGAAUUCACAACGGUGAGUCUGUGUCGAUGUUAUUUGACCAUGGCUGGUAGUAUUUAUAUGUAGAGGUAACGAAAAUAAAAGUGAUUUAUAAAG